AUGGAUGCAGCUGCUCUUUUAUGCAACAUCUGCCCCAAGCGUCCCACAUUCAGCGAUGUUUCGCAUCUGUUGACCCACGUCGCAUCAAAAGCCCACCUCUCCCAUUAUUUCAAGCUUCAAGUACGCAGCCAUCAAGAGCAGCAGGCAGUUGACCUACUGGACGAAUACGACCACUGGUAUAAGGCCAACAAUCUCGCGAGGUUGCUUUCGGAUCGAAUGUCCUCAAAGGAGGCUCGAAAGAAGAAGACAUCGGCCAAGUCUAUAAUUCAGGCUGAAUUUAGAAGCGAGACACCGGACCUGCCUCUGUCUGUUCUUCCCUCGCCCCAUGACUCGUUUCCGGACUAUAUAGACCCACGUCUCGCUGAUGGCUAUGCUGACCCUUCCAUUCGCACAUGUCCGCCUUACACUCAUACAACACAUGGAUUUGACCCUGGAAAUUGCGAACUGGGGCUCUGGAAACACGAGCCCAGAGGCAACGCAGAUGCAGACGACGAUAGCUUCGCUCUUAUGCCGUACUGGACGAAUGCGAAAGAGGGCGAAAUCAAUACCGGUCUAGAUUCAUUGCCAAGUGGAUACAGCAUCGAUCCUUUUCUGGACGAUACUGAGAGCACUGAUUGCCUCCAUUCUAGCCUACUCGACAAGGAGAGAGCAGAUGAAAUAGCUAGGCUGAAGGGUGUUCUGUGGCCCGGCAUGGACAUCUUCGACUCUGCCACGGAACAGAUGAGGCGUCGACGCAACCAGAAAAAGGAUGAGAGCAUCCUGAAGAUGAUGGAAAAGACCUCCCAGUGUGUUGAGCCCACCGAACUUGUUUUCUCUCCGACCGGAAUUUUACGAAAGCAACGCAUGAUAUCUGGCAAUGUCGAGGAUAGUAGCCCGCUCAAGGGGGAAACGCCUAUACCGAAAAGACGAGUCAGCCGGCCUAAGAGAGUCCUCUCCCAACUUGAUGCUAACAUUCAUCGUCGCCAAGUCGGAUCAAACAAGAAGAGAAAUAAGAAGAUCGGGAGGCAAAAUGUCACCUAUGUUGCCGAACCUCUGACCCAGAGUGCUGCUCAAGAACACCACGAUCCCCUGGCUUCUGAGGCUUCCACUCACCAGACUAACUGCACAACCGGUCAAACUAAACAUGCUCCUUUGAAGAGAAGAAGCGGAUUCAAGGACCGUAACGAGUUCUCUGUUUACCGUGACGAGCUGGGGCAGCAGCAUUACAGCUCGAAAAGCCAGCAUACGAGUGAUGGCUUGCCUUUUUCAACAUCUGCUGUUUCUCAUCCUAUCUUCCUGCUACACGAAUACACGGCUCGUGCUGACAUCUGUGCAUCCCGCUCUAUUUCUCAUGUUUUUUCUCCAACUGGAAGAGCCAUUGAUGAUGAUGCUAUGAACAAGGAGAACAUGGAACCUCUCUUCAAUGUCUGCGGUCGCAUUGACCCUCUUGUCGGUUGGCAUUCCCCUCCUGUGAAGCAACAUCUAGCCAACGACAUCGGCUAUCCACCACAGCUCUUCUACCAGAAUGCUCAGUCUGCCGGACUGAGCCCAUUUGGGAGUCACGACAGUCCUACAGGAUAUCAACAUAAUCCUUUAUCAGUCUCGCUGAGCAGACUGCCCAUUGAAGAAACUAAUUUGUGUAACAUGGACUUACAGGCGAGACAGGCGGGAGGUGAAUACAAGGCACGGCACAAUUCGCCAGAAGACACAAUCUCAGAAAGCGAGGAAGGGGAAUUUGAACGGCUCUACCUGACUGGGAGCUCUUAUUGA